UUGUCUGGGUUCCUGUAUGUGCCACCGCGUCUCCAGCCCUAUGAGGUAAUCCCAGCAGAUCUUUCUCUGCCAAACCCAGGGGCUGAUGCAUCCCCUUCCCUGCUCCGGUGCCGGGCUCCUGCAUUCCAGGAUCCUUUCCCCACUGAUGGGAAUGAGGGUUUCUCCUCCCCAUUGUCUCUUGGCCUCGCUUGCUGCAGGAGGGGUGUCCUGCUGGCAGUCAGUGGCUGAGCAGUGUGCUGCCCACUAUGGCUGGUUGGUUUAGGAGGCUCCUGCACAAACCCAAGUCCAGCUCAGUGGAAAGCCUCAAGUCCACCCACUCUGCUUCAUCCUCGCCUUCCUCCUCCUCCUCAUCCUCUGCCAAGAGCUCCAGCUCCUCUCCUGGCACGAGCCUGGCCACCAGCUCCAUCUCGCUGUCUCCCGUGUCAGCAGUGGACAUCAGCGCCUCGCACAGCCCCCGGUGGGACAAGAGCUACGACGUGUGCAUCUGCCACAGCGAGGGGGACGUGGAGCUGGUGUCAGAGCUGGUGUCCUACCUGGAGGGGCAGCCCGAGAGCUUCCGCUGCUUCCUGCAGCUGCGCGACGCGGCGCCGGGCGGCGCGGUGGUGACGGAGCUCUGUGACGCCGUGCAGAACAGCCACUGCUGGGUCAUGCUCAUCACCCCCAGCUUCCUGCAGGACCCCUGGUGCAGGUACCAGAUGCACCAGGCCUUGGCUGAGGCUCCCAUGGCCAACGGACGCACCAUCCCAGUGCUGAAGGACGUGGAUCGCAAGGACUAUCCCAGGGAGCUGCGGAGCAUCUACUACAUCUACAUGGCCCUGAAGGAGAAGAGCUUCAGGCAGAUCAGAGACACUGUCAUGCGCUACCUCCAGGAACUGUGCCAGAGCUCCACAAAAAGCAUGGAGUAGUGCUGGAAGCAGGCAGAUGCAUUCCCAUGGGCAUCAUGGAGCUGCCACUGUUGGAUCUGAGCGUUGGCACGUCCCGUUGGACCUUGAGGUCAAACCUGAGCUGCUCAGACCGGACCUGGGACCAAAGAUGGAGAGUUCUCCGCAUCCAUGAGGGACAGCAGACUGGAGCCCACCACGUCCUGGUGGCCAAAAUCUCCUCGAUGGGGAGAGGGACAUCCAUCACACAAACACUAAGCUCUGGUGUUGGUGCUUCUCAGGGUCAUGAGAGCUCUUUACUGCACUGGCAUUCUCUGUCCUGAGGGCUCCGGGACGCCUACUAAGCUGACAAGAUAUGUGGGCAGGACAAGAUAUGAGGCAGGCAGUGACGCUGCACGGAAUCGUUGCGUCUACGAAAAUGCAGAAGUUUUACAUUUUGA